AUGAAAGGUCAACCACCCCUCAAGAAGAAUAAGAAAUUGUUUUCCGUCUUCCAAAGGGCAGAUAGACCUACAGAAAGUACAACUUCUGAUGGACUAACUAAAGACAACCUUUAUUUUCACCAGAAAUUGAACAACAGUCAUCCUCAAAUUAGAGUAGCAUAUCUAAAGGCUGAGCCUUAUCAACUAAAACUUGUUGAGUAUCCAAAGACACAAGGAAAAUCUCAGUCUCGUCGCUUUCAAGCACAAUGGAAUUUUCUUGAAAUGAUAAAAAUUUUGACAGAAACGAAGGCAGAAAUUGAUCGAAUUAUUUUGAAGAAUACUCCAAAAAAUGCCCAAUACAUUACUUCGACUAAAGAAGUUGAUGUUAUUUGGGAGUUCAUUUCUCAUUUGGACAAUAUUAUCAACAUUAUUACUUCUUUCCAUAAGCACAUUAUAGAUUUACAAUCCACUCAAAGAAAUGAAAUUGAGCAUAUGUUAGCUACUGGGGAGUGUGAGUCGGAAAGAGGAGCAAAUCAAAGAGAUGAUGAUUGGGAAGAAUUUCUUCAGGAAUUAAGAAAGUUUUGCUCAAAACACGAUAUUGAGAUACCUGACCUAGAAAGUUUGUACAAGGCUGGUCCUUGUCGUUCUCGUGAUCAAAUUACAACGGAUCAUCAUUAUCACUUUGAUUUUUUCAAUGAAACAAUAGAUUCCUUAGGACAUUUUGAGCUAGAUAUGAAGAGUGAAUCUCGAUUUCAAGUAUCGACAGUUGUUGAGUUAUGUCAACGGUUAACUGAGAGUGGCAAGUUGGAGACUCAUACUAUGGUUACUCGAUUAAUUCUUCUUGUACUGACUUUAUCUAUUUCUACGGUGACUACUGAGUGA